CGCACAGUGCACUGGACCGCAUUGGCUGUUGUGUUCUUUUCCUUUUUUUUUCAUAAGGGUCCCAAACUACACAGAGAUUUGGAAUAUUACGUUACAGUCCUACAGGAAAAUGGCGACUGUCAUUCAUAAUCCAUUAAAAUCGCUCGGCGACCAGUUCUACAAAGAGGCCAUCGAACACUGUCGCAACUACAAUGCCCGACUCUGUGCUGAGCGCAGCGUGCGCAUGCCCUUCUUGGACUCGCAAACUGGGGUGGCACAGAACAACUGCUACAUCUGGAUGGAAAAGUGCCAUCGGCAGCCAGGCCAGGCAGCAGGGCAGAUGUAUACCUACCCUGCCCGUUGCUGGAGAAAGAAGAGGCGACUUCACCCUCCCCUGGAUCCCCAGCUCCGCCUGUGUGAGCUCCGACUAGAAGCGGAGCUGGCUCCCAAACGUGAGGGGCCGCCGGGGGAGGCCACAGCGUUGGAGGCCCUCCUGAGGGGGGACAACCAGCUGGAGAAAAAAAACAGCAUCAAUAAGGAAGAGGAGACGCUGCUUGAAAUACAGAGAGUACUGGAGGCAGAGGAGAUCGGGGACAGUUUCCAAGACGAUGACGACUUUGAACUCGACACUCCAAAGAGAAAGAACAGAAACAGAGGCAAAAGCAGAGGAUCGAGUCGCAGGCGGACAGAGCCCGUUAACACCGAAGACCAGGACAAACCUUACGUGUGUGACAAUAGAUACAAACAAAAGUAUAACUCAAAAAAGGCUGAAGAAGUCUGCGGAAAGCGCUACAAGAACCGGCCUGGUCUCAGCUACCAUUACACCCACACUCACCUGGCAGAGGAGGAAGGUGAGGAGGAGAAGGAAACAGACAUGGCUCCAUCUUCUCCACAGAGCACGGACAAUCACAAACCUCAGAAGGGCCCAGAUGGCUCAAUCAUCCCCAACGACUACUGUGACUUCUGCUUGGGAGACCAGGACUCCAACAGGAAAACGGGGCAGGCCGAGGAGCUGGUGUCCUGCUCUGACUGUGGACGUUCUGGCCACCCGACGUGCCUCCAGUUCACAGACAACAUGAUGCAGGCGGUGAGGACUUACCAGUGGCAGUGCAUCGAGUGCAAGUCUUGCAGCCUCUGCGGAACCUCGGAGAACGACGACCAACUGCUGUUCUGUGAUGACUGUGACAGAGGAUACCACAUGUACUGCUUGAAGCCUCCGAUGACCCAGCCUCCUGAAGGGAGCUGGAGUUGUCACGUGUGUCUGGACUUGUUAAAAGACAAGGCCUCAGCCUACGGAGAAGCUUAGCAACACCCUGGAAACACACAUGCACGCAAUAUAUAUAUAUAUAUAUGUUUGUACAUGUACAUUAACUGUUUGACGUACCCACGCAUUAGCGGAAAACUCUCAGAUACUAUCAAACAAACACGUGCGGACACUUUCCUCCACUCACACACUCCGGUGCAUUAGCAGACUCAGGGCAGUUUCCUGUGUGAGGCGCAGAGAUCCUCUACCUCUCAUAUAGCCUAGCAACACUCAACAGAUGCAAAUGCCAUCAGCAUGCGAUCUCAACCGUAAGUCAGCUAACAGCAGGUCUACCAUCCAGUCAUUUCUCUACCUCAGCAGACGGCAAGAAGCCAAAGAAAGAUUGAGAGUACUGCGUAGUACAUGUGCAUGAGAAAUACCUGUUUAUUUUAAACCAAGCGUCUGAAAAUCUCAGAUGUCUUCACCCUGAUUUAAAUUUAUUUUAGCGUGAUUUGGAAGACGUUUCUCCCCGAGUAUUUGCCGAAGCUGCUCAAGAUCUCCAAUGGGGAAACUGAGUGAGUUUGACAAAUGUUUGUUUAAAAUUCUCCUUCCAGCUCUCCUUGUGUUUAGACUUUACAGUGACAUUCCUUUAUGAUAUCUGGAUAGACUCAGUGUUAGUUAUGCCAUCUUUCACAGGUUUUGUCAAGCUUGGUGAAAUUUAUGUCCAGCGCUAAGAGGAAAUGGCGCGAUAAAACCGGCUUGGCUAUCAUUCCUCUUGGAGGGUGGUGACAUUUUUAAUCCACGUCUGUUUUCUGUAUCCUUUAAGGUUACUAGGAUACCGCGGUGCUUGGUGCGACACUUCACACAUGAUUCAACAUUUCAGUAUUUAAAAUAAAAGUGUUGGGGUGGAGAUCAUUAUUCACGUAUAUCAGUGGUUCCCAAGGUUUUUCUCUCACACCAACACACACUGUGUACCAUGUUUUGUUGUUUCAGUGACAAAUACAACUCAGACUGUGCUUAAACUUCCAGACGCACAUGCUCACCAACUGUAUUAAUGAAUAAAACCUCAUAGUGGACGAGAUAAUGAGACACUUAUUAAAAGCUUCUCUUCCUGUCUGCUCAUCUUCUAUCUUCCAUUAUUUUUGCUAAUUUGAAUAUUGAUAGCCUUGCAAUCUUAUCUGGACCAAUCAAAAAUUUCAACAAUGAACAAUAACAGAAUUUGUUACUACAUUUAAAAGGGCAUCUUUUGAAAACUCACGUCCUUCGAGAGGCUUUUAGCCAUUGGCCUGUCACUUACAGGUUUGAUCAGCUUUAGCUAGCCAGCUAAUUUUGUGCUAACUCAGUGGAUUGAUGGUUGUGUUUCAUUAGAGAGAAACAGAAAGAAAAACUGUUUUAAAACAUGAUUGCUACACAUAUUACAACUUAAAACUAACUGUGUAGGAAGUUGAGUACACAAAAUGGCUACCAUUCAAGCAGUGAUACCAGCUGUAUGUAGCACUUAACUUGUAGAAAAAGCUAUAAUGUAAGGACAAAGACUUUGAGAAUAUGAACAAUUUCUUCAGACAUAAAUAUCUCUAUUAACUUACCAUGCACCCCCUUACCUUUCUAAAGACGUCACUUGUGAACUAAAAUCUUUAAGAAAAUGAGCUCUUACAAGGUUGUGAAUACCAAAAGAAGGGAUUUUUCUUGUGUACACUGUAUACACGACCUUAUUUGAAGGCAGAAUUAGUCAUUUCAGUGUAGAUUAGUGUCUUAGUCUUAGUGGGCCACACAAAUUCUUUCAAGUGUUUAGAAAUCCAAAGCUUGACAAAGCUAGCCCAGUCACGAUCGCCACACUGUGAUGGGACAAUCAUCACGGGAUCAUCGCCGUCAUUUAAAGUUAUCACUUACACCUAUGUGAUAUUUGUUGACAACAUUAAGCACCCUGCUAUGAAAAGUCUAGCAUUUUCACUCCCAGGCUAAAUCCCUGCAAUGCCUCUGUGCUCUAGAUAGAUAGAUAGAUAGAUAGAUAGAUAGAUAGAUAGAUAGAUAGAUAGAUAGAUAGAUAGAUAGAUAGAUAGAUAGAUAGAUAGAUGCUAUGGAGGAGUAUUAGGGCCACCCAUGAGAAAAAAAAAGAGGAGGUAGAUUUGAUUUUUUUUCUGGUUGUUAUAGACUCAAACUGUCAACCUUUUUCUCAACAUUAUAUUUCAACUUCUUGACAUUUCGACAUUUUCCUGCAUGAUAAAAUAAAAAAUCUACCUCCUCUCUCUUUUUUCUUACGCGUGGCACUAAUACUCUUUCAUAGUGCUCCUACAGAGGGACCCAACACACAGUUUGGGAACCACUGCUGCAAAUGAACAAUGAUGUGUAUUAUCAAACCUCCAUAAAGCACUAUUUUGAAAUAUCCAUGUACUGAGGAAGCAGUAUUUACUGGUUAGUCCUGACUGAAAGUUGCCACAGUUUAUUUGAUCGGCCUUUAAUGCUGUUAAAACCAGAAUAGAUUCUGGAAACUCUGCAUUUGUAUAGCUGUGUGAAGACAUUCGAUGCUUUUAUUUAGUCUGAAAUGUCUGAAACCAUCAAUGUAAUGUGUGUUUUGUGCAAAUAAUUUGGUACUAACUUCAAACAAGCUGUUCAUGACAAGGACCACAGAUAAGCUAUAAAAUAAAAAUUUAAAAAAAAAGAAGAAGAAGAGAAACACAUUUAAAGUACACAUAGUGUGCAAGCCUUGACAGGAUGUCACAUUCAGCAUUUGUGUUUUGUUAGUGUAACUUUGUAUUUGAUAUUGCUUUUCCAUCGACAAUCAUGAGCUAACAUAGAUAACAUUAUGUUAAUAACAUACAGAGGGGUGACUUUGUGUUUUUUUCUACAGUGGGCAUGAGGGCGCUUUGUGUCUUCCGUACAAAAAUGUCAUGGAUGUUAUUUGAUGUUAUUUUGUUAAAGUAAAUGUUACAUUUUGUGUUGAAAUAAAGAGUUGUCCAGGA